AUGCAGCCCCCGCAGCUCGUGGUUGGGCCCAAAAGGGUGGACCCGCUGCGCUCGGGCCAGCUGUUCGAUGGUGGCCCCACGGCAUCGCCCCCCGGCGGCGCCGACGGCGGCGGCGGCGGCGCCUUCAGGUCUCCCGCCCCGCGGGCGCCGGCCCCGCUGGCGUUGCAGGCGCGGCCGGCCUCGGCCCUCGCCCUGGCGGCCCCCGCCAUGCGCACCACGCCCGGCAGCGCGGGAGGCUACGUCCACCCAUACGCCGCCGCCAGCUUUGCCGACGCGGCUGCCUUCAACCGCAGCGAGGUGGCGGAGCGCAUCCGCCGCAGCUUCGACGCAAUGGUGGCACGCAGCCCCAUCACAUCGCACCUGCAACCGCGGCUGCACUACAGCCCGGCCCCCGCAGGCGCAUCCCUGGCCGCCGCGUUUGGCAGCCCCGCGCUGCCCGCCCGCAGCGCCGCGUUUGGCAGCCCCGCGGCGGCGGGCAGCGGGGGUGCCGCGCUGGGCAGCCCCGCGCCGCACACCCACAUCCUGCCCGGCCAGCAGCUGGAGCAGGCAGCCCAGGGCCGAGGCCAGCUGCAGGCGGCGGGGCAGCAGCAGCAGCAGCAGCAGCAGCAGCAGCAGCACUUCCGCCCGCCGCUGCCAGCUCAGCUUGUCCAAACGAGCGAGUGGCGGCGGGUGGUGCAGCGCCAGCACAGCCCCGGCUUCCAGGCGGUCGCCACGGUGCACACGGUGCACCACCACCACACAGCCCUGCUGCACUCUGCACCGGCGGAGGCAGCAGAGGGGGGUGCCGGCGGGGGUGGGGCCUUCCCCCACUCCGCCCAGCACCACCAGCACCACCAUCAGCAGCAGCAGCGGGCGGGCUCGUUUUCGGUGACGGAGCUGCCGGCCGGCGGGGAGCCGCUGGUGGAGGAGCCGCCCAGCAGCAGCCAGCAGGCGCGGCCCUGGCACCAGCAGGCGCAGCAGCAGGCGCAGGCAUCGCCGUAUGCGGCGCCCUGGGAUCGGGAGGCGCUGCUGCCGCCGCGAGCACAGCGCUCACAGCAGCAGCAGCAGCAGCAGCAGCCUGCUCCGGCCUGGCAGCAGCAGGCACACAGUGGCGCGGCGGCGGCGGCGGCGGCAGAAGCCGAAGAGGCUGUUGCUGCAGCUGCAGCCGCAGUGGCGGCCAGAGCGGCGGCCGGGUCGGGUGCAGGGGUGGCGGCCUCGGGCCGCUCGGCAACUCCCGAGGAUGCUGCGGGGCGGGAGGCUGCCACUGUGGCCGCCCUGGCGGCUGCGGGUGAGCUGGUGCAGCAGCUGGGGUCGGAGGCGGAUGAGGGCGAGCAGCUGCCGCCGCUGCCAGUCGCAGCACCUGCCACCAGCACUCCCGGAGGCAGCUCUGCCCAGGGCACAGAGGGAGGUGAGGCACGCUGCACUCAGCAGCAGCAGCAGCAGCAGUCGUCGGCAGGGAAAGGGCAGGGAGCAGGGCAGCAGCAGCGAGGCGGCGCGCGGGACGUGCAGCAGCAGGGGCAUGCGCCAGGCCCCGCCGAGGCGGCUGCCGCCAGCCCGGGCGCCGCUCCGAGCACGGGCCACCGCCGGCGCAAGGUGGCGGGGAGGAAGCGCAUCGCUCCGCCGCCAUCACCUGCGGCAGCGCCUGCACCUGCAUCUGACGGCAGCAAGGGGCAGCAGCAGCCGCCGCAGCAGCAGCCACUGCAGGAUGAGGAGGAGCCACGGGAGCCGCGGGAGGAGCCGGGGCGUGAGGCGCCCCCUGCCAAGGUUGCACGCACCGCAGGCGGCGCCCGCCGGCCGGCCCAGCCGCCAGCCGGCAGCCAACGGCCAGCCAAGAAGCAGGAGGAGGCGGGGCAGGGCGCCGCCUCCGCGGGCGCGGUGCCGGUGCAUGCGGCAGGGCUGGAAAUGACGCGCAGCGGGCGCAAGCGCAUGCCGCCGCUGGCCUUCUGGGCCGGAGAGACAAAGCUGCGGGGGCGGGUGCAGGUAAUGGACCGGCAGGGCGGCGUGCAGGGCGUGGUGCACCUCACCAGCCUGCCAGACCAGACCGGCGGGGGCGAGGCAGCCAAGGGCAAGCGGGCAGCGCCUGGGACCGCCAAGAAGCUGGCCGCAGCGGCGGCGGCGGCAGGCAGCGCGCCCGCUGCUGCAGCCAAGAAGGGAGGCGGCGGUGGUGGCAGCAAGCCAGCGUCGCAGAUGGAGGAGGAGCAGCAGCAGAUGCAGAAGAAGCAGGCGGCACAGAGCGGCAAGCAAGGCGGCGCGGCGCCCGCGCCUGCGGCAGCCAAGGCAGCCCCUGCAGCAGGCAAGGGGGCUGGGGACAAGCAAGCGACGCAGCGCUCGACGGCAGCGCCUGCCGCGGCGCCGGGCCCCAAGGGCGGGGUGGCGGCCAUGGCGGCUGCCGCGGGGGCGCAGGCUGCUGCCGCGGCCAAGGCGGCGGCGCGUGCUCCGCCGCCGGCGCCGCCGCCAGCCGGGCGCGGAGCAGCAGCGGGCCGGCCAGCCGGUGCCGCCAAGGCCAGAGCCCAGCAGGCCAGCACUGCCGCCGCGGCUCGCCCUGUGCCGGCGGCCAAGCGGCAGCGGGGUGGCAGCCUGGUACCUCCGCUGCCCCAAGUGCCCGGUAUGAAGAAGAAGUGCUUGGUGGCGGCGGCGCUUGACCGGGCAGAGGAUGAGCUGCUGGCGGGCGCGGCGCAGGGCCGGCAGCAGCUGGCCUCGCCGCAUGCUCAGGCACAGGGGUGGGCACAGGCGGAGCUGCAGAACCAGCGGCAGCAGAAGGGCCCAGGGAAGCCCGCCGGCAAGGCAGCCGCGGCCGCUGCCCCGGGCAGCAAAGCCAAGACGGGCGGCGAUGCUGCGGCCGCGGCGGCAGCGGCCAAGCAGGCUGGCCGUGGAGGAAAGAAGCGGGCUGCCCCCGAGCCGUCUGCAUCAGGGGAUGGCAGCGCCAACAGCGACGGCACGGCGGCAGCAGCCGCCAGGCCUGCCAAGCGGCAGCGCGGUCGUGCGCAGCAGGAGCCGGCGGCGCCGGGCGGUGCGGCGCUGGUGCAGGAGAAGCGCGGGCAGGGCAGGCCACGCAAACAGCAGCCGGCCUCGGUGCAGGCGCAGCGGGCAGCGGCAGAUGGUGCAACCAAGGUGCAGGGGAAGCCAGGGCAGGGCAGGCCGCGCAAGGAGCAGGCAUCCAAGCAGCAGCAGGGGGAGCAGCGGCAGGGGGAGCAGGGGCAGCAGCAGCGGGACGACGGCGGCUCGGGCCACAGGUCGCUGAGCAAGCACCUCAAGCCCAGGCGCCUGCAGCCACCAGGCGGGCGCCCCGCAGCAUCCAUCGGCGCGGCGGCGCUGCAGCAGACGCCGUCGUGGCCGCCGCCCUCAUCGGCGGCUGGGGACGAAAUCGGCGCCAGGUCGGGGGCCAGCGGCGAUGGGGGUGAUGGGGAGGGGGGCGAGCUGGACUGGGGUGCACUGGACUGA